GCCAGAGGAUUUAUCAAAUUUGCUCUCAUUCGUAAAAAUUUCCCCGACUUCGUAAGACGACCGUUGCGAAAGUGUAUUUUCUGCAAUAACAACAUGGAGAUUCAGCUGCUGAAUCGAGCAUUCGUCGUUUGUUUUGUGAUGCUGCCGAGGAUGGCUUUUGUCAAAGGCCACGACUUUAAUGUCAAAACUGCGAGCACAACGACGGAAAAGAGUGCACUGGUCGGCUCCCUGGAAAAUAUCGUGACUGAAGUGCAAUCGAUGAAAGCGAGAAUCGAUAAAAUACUUAUUGAAACGUCGACGACUAAUUUCAUCGAGAAAACGCGUCACAAUGUUCUCGCUGAGAAAGGAUAUCGAUUCACAUCCGGUAUUGGAUAUCACAGGCUCUAUACCACAAAAUUAACCUGGCACGAUGCUUUGCAUUUUUGUCGAAAGGAGAAGGCCCACCUUGCUGUUAUCGAUUCAUCCGCCGAAGGACAAGCAUUGGGGGAAAUAAUUAAAGAAUUAAUACCAUCGGAGACCGAUGGCCAAAGUAUUGCCUACAUUGGUAUUCACGAUUACUGCAGAACUGGAUCCUGGAUCACUAUUUUUUUUAAUAUUGUCGAUGAGCAUACAGAAUAUAUUCGCUGGCAAGAGGGAUCGCCGAAUUAUAUUUUUGGCCAAGAACAGUGUGCGGCUAUCGAUACGAACGGUUACAUAUCUACUUUAGAAUGUUUAAGUAAACGAGCCUUUUUUUGCGAAAUGCAACUAUAAAAAUUCUCCUCCGGCUAUUCAAGUUUAUUUAAAUGUAUGAUUAAUGGAUAAUUUAGUUAAUUAAGGAAAUGACAUAGAAAUUAUGUACACCUCUUAUGCUAAAGACAUUUUUAUCGAUAACCUUUGACAUUUGUAAUCCAAGAUAAUAUAUAUCUUAAACUGCUAAAAGAGUAUAAUACAGAAGAGAAGUUAUCAAGUUA